AUGAAUGUCACAGAAUUUAUCAUUUUGGGGUUUGGAAAAUUUGAACAAUGGAAAUCCAUCCUUUUCUUUUCUUUCCUAGUGCUUUAUAUUGUAGCCAUGGUUGCAAAUAUUCUCAUUAUAAUUUUAGUUGCAGUUGAUCACCAUCUUCAUACGCCCAUGUACUUCUUCCUGGGGAACUUGUCAUGCCUAGAGACUUGCUACAUCUCAAAUAUUGUACCCAAGAUGAUGGUGGGCUUACUGACUGAUGAAAACACCAUUUCCUUCAGUGGCUGCUCUUUGCAAUUUUUUUGCUUUGGCUUCCUAGUGGCUACUGAAUGCUAUCUCCUGUCUGUAAUGUCAUAUGAUCGAUAUUUAGCGAUAUGCAAACCUUUGCAUUAUGCAACAGGUAUGAAAGCACGAAUUUGUAUCCAACUAGCAGCUUCUUCAUGGAUAACUGGCCUUAUAGCUGCUUUGAUCCUUUUGAGUUUAAUGCUGCAGCUUACAUUCUGUGGUCCAAAUGAAAUUGAUCAUUAUUUUUGUGAUACUGUUCCACUUAUAAAACUUUCCUGUAGUGACACCAACUUAGUAGAACUUACAAGUUUCAUCUUUACCUUUGUAUUUACUUUACCACCUUUUCUCCUCACCUUCACUUCCUAUAUAUAUAUCAUAUCUACUAUCUUGAGAAUUCCUUCCACUGUUGGAAGGAAAAAGGCCUUUUCCACUUGCUCAUCUCAUCUGAUAGUGGUUUCUAUGUUUUACGGAGCCAUCAUGAUUGUAUAUUUGUUACCAAAGUCUAAAGCACUUAGUGAUGUCAACAAAAUUUUAUCUCUCUUAUAUACAGUCUUGCCCCCUGUUGCAAAUCCUCUCAUUUACAGCCUGAGAAAUAAGGAGGUGAAGAAUUCCAUAAGGAAGGCAGGAAGAAAGUUUAUGUCUUUUAGAUUUUAA